CCUCUCUGGGGCACCCGGUCAGGCCUCCGCGCGGGCAGGGGACAGGUCCUGAGUGGGCUAGAAUGGAGGCUCCGCUCCCAGGUCUCAUUCAGCCUCCAGGGGCUGGAGAAAUUCCAUCCAGGAGAAAAGCUGGUCUCAGACCCCAACUGACUACCCUUCCCUCAGCCUGAGCCUCCGGCAUCUAUCCCUUCUCUCGCUGCCGGGCCCUCCUCGCCCCCCCUCCCCAAGUGACCCCGCCCCGCAGGCCCUGCCCAUGCUGCUGCCACCGACCCGCAGGCCCCGGGUCCGCACCCCAGGCUGGCGGCCGGGCUGUCCCGACAGCGGGGACGGCCGGCCAGCUGGUUCCCUUCGGGGCACGCGCCUCCCCCUGCACCCACCCCUGUAACCCGAGCCGCUCACAGCGCCUCCCCGCGCAGCCCCACUGGGCGCUAGGCCCCGACAGCGAGUCCGCAGGCGCCAUGGGCCUCGGGGCCUGCAUGUCCUCGGCGGCGUCGGGGGCCCGAGCCCAGGCUCGCCGGCUGGAAGCCGUGCUGGGCGCCCUGUGCCUGCUGCCGGUGCUCCUGCUGCUGGCCCGGCUCGGGGCCCCGGCGGCCCGGCUGGGGGCCAGUGCGGCGCAGGGAGACAUCGCCGCACCCUACCCCGCCGGGGUCUUCGCCACCCCAGGACCUGGUCCUCUGCUCCUCCAGGCGCCCCGCAGACGCCGCUACACGCUGACCCCAGCCAGGCUGCGCUGGGACCACUUCAACCUCACCUACAGGAUCCUCUCCUUCCCACGGAACCUGCUGAGCCCCAGUGAGACCCGGCGGGGCCUGGCCACCGCCUUCCGCAUGUGGAGUGACGUGUCCCCCUUCAGCUUCCGAGAGGUGGCCCCUGAGCAGCCCAGCGACCUCCGCAUAGGCGAGCUGGCUCACGCCUUCUUCCCUCCGCACGGCGGCAUCCACUUUGAUGACAGCGAAUACUGGGUCCUGGGCCCCACGCGCUACAGCUGGAAGAAAGGCGUUUGGCUCACCGACCUGGUGCACGUGGCGGCCCACGAGAUUGGCCACGCGCUGGGCCUGAUGCACUCGCAGCAUGGCCGGGCGCUCAUGCACCUCAAUGCCACUCUGCGUGGCUGGAAGACGCUGUCACAGGACGAGCUGUGGGGGCUGCACCGACUCUACGGCUGCCUGGACCGGCUGUUCGUGUGCACGUCCUGGGCUCGGAGGGGCUUCUGUGAUACCCGCCGGAGGCUUAUGAAGAGGCUCUGCCCCAGCAGCUGCGACUUCUGCUACGAGUUUCCCUUCCCCACGGUGGCCGCCACUGCACCACCACCCAGGACCAAGACCAGGCUGGUGCCUGAGGGCCGGAAUGUGACCUUCCGCUGUGGCCAGAAGAUCCUCCACAAGAAAGGCAAAGUGUACUGGUACAAGGACCAGGAACCCCUGGAGUUCUCCUACCCGGGCUACCUGGCGCUGGGCGAGGCACACCUGAGCAUCAUCGCCAAUGCCAUCAACGAGGGCACGUACACCUGUGUGGUGCGCCGGCGGCAGCGUGUGCUCAGCACCUACUCCUGGCGAGUCCGAGUGCGGGGCUGAGCGCCCUGCAGGGCUGAGGCCGCUGAUAAAGCACUUUCUCAAUGAA